CGGGUUACAUCGAGCGAUAUACAAUUGUGAGCAAAUAAACUUGAAUGACUUAAUAGUGCAUAGGCUUUAGUGAAAUACAGCGAGGGCCGAAAAUGGCGAAUGCGCGAUCAACAAACCGGAUGCCAGGCUGGAUGGUGGUGUGGUUCUACAUUACGGCCAUCAUCUGUACAAUCGACGCCAGCUUUGUAGUGUUCCGGCCACAUACACUGCCCGGCGGCUGGCUGCACAAGUUCUUCUUCCCCUAUAGAUACUACAUUUACACGGAUCAGAGAUACGGGGACGUGACUGAUUCCUACGUCUUCACGCAAAGUUUAAUGAAUUAUGCAGAAGUUAUAUUGAACAUCAUUACUCUGUUUUACCAUUACCAACGUGCAAGAGCAACACAGUUGUUGGCUUUCACCGUGUCCGUUAUGACCUUCUGGAAGACUGUCCUUUACAUUGCUAUGUUUUACGAACUGGCGGGUGGCAAAGAUUACCGAGGUGGGAAUACGCUACUUGAAGAAGUUUUGCUCGUACUCAUUCCAAACGGCAUUUGGAUUAUUAUUCCUGGCAUGUGUAUGGCCGCGCUGUGGUCGGACCUCAUGAUUGGACAAAGUUCGAGUCAUGUUAAAAGGCGCUAAUCUUUUUGGGAAGAAUUCUUGCUUCCUGAAGUUUAAAGACAAACUUGUUUUAGUCUAUGUUGUAAUAGACAUUUAGUAUUAAAUGUACUCAGACGUCUAACCUUAACUUCAAUAAGCCCAUACGUAAAUUGUUCAACCAUAAUAUUCCAUAUGUGUUUACUUAGAAUGUUCUUCAUAGACAUUAAACUAUUGUCGAUAUGUACAGAAAAAUAUAAUGGACUGAUUGCAUUUCGAAAUCAUUUUGUUCAAUCAAUCUGCAGAAUAUUCACAUAUGAGAAUUGUAAGUCGUCGUUUUCAGUUGAGAACAGCAUUGUGAACGACAAACGGAUACUGUGAAACUCGGUUCACAGUUUUAUGUUCAGGUGUUUAGGACACCGCAUGAAGCUCGACCAGAUGUGCGGAAGACUUGUUAGUUAAUCAAUAGCAGCUUCUCUUCAAACACAAACCUUGCUAACUUUACAAUUUCCAUGGGAAAUCUGGAAAUGAAAUGACAUGAAAAUGCACAAUAAUUCAUCAGACUAUGAACAUUUAUACAUGAAGAACACACGUUAAGGUUUGGAAACAUUAAGAUAAUAACACGAUAUGAAGGAAAUAAAAAGUGGAGUACA